ACAAGCCCUUAGAGUACGUACGAGAACAAAAUCUUCACUGCGAUGUCCUCCCUUGCCAUCGCAUCGAUAAGCCGACGACAGGCAUUGUCCUCUGCGGCAAGUCGGUCCCCACCGUGCGUGACAUCGUGAAGCAGUUCGCGGAGCGUAGCAUCGAGAAGACUUACCUUGCACUGCUACGUACUGCGCGUGAUAUUGGCGAGAGUGGGACAAUCGAUGCUCCCCUAGGCAGUUGGAAAGGCAGGCCAUGUAUCGCACGGGAGGGAUAUAGCGGUUUCCCAGCAGUCACGCGCUGGGAACGGCUUGCGGUCUCGCCCCGUGCACCGAUCCAGCUGGUCAAGUUCAUGCCCGAGACGGGGCGCAAGCAUCAGAUCCGCAUUCAUACGGCGCAAGUGCUCAGAGCUCCGGUUUUAGGUGACGAUCUGUACGCUGAGAUGAAACGUCCUAGAAGGUUGGUUGGAUGGCAACUACCAGAGUUCGCGCCGGGUGCUCUCUUCCUUCACAGCUCCUCUAUCUCGCUAUACCGAUAUCGUAGGACAGGACCCAGCAAGCGGUUCCGCUUAGGCCUCACCGCGCCGCUACCGCAGUAUUUCGUCGACGUUUGCAGGGCGCUGGAGAUCACUAUUCCCGAGCAAUAUACGCGAAGUAGUGUGUCUGUCGAUGGAGAAAGAGUUGAGAAUGGAAUAAUUGAAGCAGUGGAUGGAAAACUGAUUAGUUUGUCCGGUACGUGAUUGGUAUUUGGGUAGUAUCCACGCCUGUGUGCAUAGGCCUCUUCAAAGAUGAGCUUCAGUAUAUCGUCCGGGAGCACGUGUACUGGGGUGCAAACAGCUCUCUCGCGUUCGUUCUCGUGGAGCGCAAGACGUAGUUCAUCCAAUUGCUUGAAAUUGUCUUCUAUGCGACUCUCAACCUUGAGCGGAGACCGUACCUCGGAGACGUGGCAGGGACGGCCACCGUCUUUUUCUCGACAGCGAUCGUUGAUGACGCCAUUCUUGUGCAACGAACUGCACGACGACAUCUUGAAAUUAUAAAGACGACAUCAUUAUCGUCCGGCACACCGUAGACCGAGCAGCGUCAAGCGCUAACUACGGAAGCCCCCGCAUACCAGAUUAGGCAGGCGAGCGCAUGCAUCUUCCACUCCCACACCGCCAAUAUCACUCGCAAACCAGUACAUGGUCGAGAUCAUGUCUACAACAGGACAGUCGCAAACUCAGUAUGCAGCGGCUGCUCACGCGCCGCUGAUGAAGUCCCCCAGUAUCCGAGUACCGCCUCCGGUAGAGAUGCCUCCGGAUAUCCAUCCGUUACCAGACUCUGUCACACCAUACUUUGUCUAUCCAUUCACCAUUGAGCCUCAUGUUCUAACCCUCGAGGAAUCACGGAGGUCUACCCUUUCAGCGCAUGCUGCGAGGCGGGAAGCAUAUCUCAAGUCCCGUGAAGACGACAAGGAGCGGCGAAAACGAGAGGCUUUGCGACGCAUUGCGCCAGGGUUUGAACCGAGGAGCACACCGCUUGUGCCCGUAAAACGAGAUUCUAUGCAUGCCUCACUAGCUUCCUUUGAUGCUGGUCCAUCCCAAUCAGCGCAUGAACACCCAAAGUCUGUUAUGGAGGACCUGGUAGAUCAGUUGGCUGCACUGGACUCGAAAUCCCUGUAGUGUUAUCAUUUAUACCCUAUCUUGCUAUAAAUCCUAUACCAUCUUUACGACCUAGAC